AUGAGCAAAAUUCCAAUUCUACACAUGAAAUAAAUUCUAGAUUCAAAGAUUGAUUACACUUCUUCAAUAACUUAAAUUGCAAUGAAGAAAUUAGGGUUGACUUAAAGUGCAUUAUAAAGGAUUAAUUAUAAAGAAUAUAUGGCAUCAACAAAUAAUAGUUAAUAAGAUUAUUUUUUGUAUUUACAUGCUAUCACUAUGAAUAUAAAUAAACUUCAAAAAGAAAUUUAGAAAAUGAAUAUGAAUAUGAAAGAUAAAUCUAUUAAUUGCACUAAUCCUGAAAAUGUUGAAGAAAUCAUAGCAUUAUUAGAUAAAAGAAUGAAGAACAAAAUUCAUACCAGUAGCUAAGCUUGUUUAAAUUCUAAUAGGGAUAAAUCAAUUGAACUAGAUGAUACAUUAGGUUGUAAAAUGUAGAUUAAAUAAAAAAAUAUUAAAUUGGCACUUUAAGGAUUAAAAUCUAUAACAGAAAGAAAUAGCAUAUAAAAGACUUAAAUAGCCAAUUAGAAUUCAAUUUGCAAUUCUUCAAAUUCUAAGAAGAUAAUUUUAAAAAGUAAUUACUUAAUUAGUAAAAUUAGAAUUGGUAGUUUCAAAUAAUUAAAGUGUUGCAGAACUAUUUUAAAAGUAAUAGGCUUCAAUUGAUGUUAGUACAAUGGAAUAGUUGAAUGAAUCUAUUAGGAAAUAUUUACCGGAUAAAAAUGUUGUAAUAAUGUCAGGGAUAAGAUAUAGAUUGAAAGAUAAUGUCAGUGAAAAGAAAUCGAUUGAUGAAUAAAUGUAGAAAAUAACAAAGAUAAGAAGUAUAUCUUAACAAUCAAUUGAUACAGGGAGAUAAAUACCAAAGUCUUUGAUAAAAUAGGGUUAGUAAAAAUAUGUGAAUGUGAUUUCAACAAAAUUAGAAAUGAUGUUGAGAUAAGAAAAAUUGAUAAGGGAAGAGCCAUUAAAAAUACAGAAAGUAAAAUUAGGGAGUUUAAUGGGAGUAAUAUAAAAAAUAAGGAACCAGUAGACAAAGUUAAGAAUGUUUGAAUAAAUAAAUAAUGAUUAUUGGUGA